GGUGUUUUGUAGGUCUCCUCUCUGUGGUUGGAGAUGAUUUGAAGCCCAGUUUCACCUCACUCCUCCCGGGAUUAAAAUCUAGGGUUACUUAAUCUCUCUUAAUCUGAACUAAAUCUGUCUAAUCGGCAUAGAAAAUUACACUCACUGAGGUGUAUAGCCCGCAAAUAAUCAGCAAGAGGUGAAACCUCCUGCGCACUGAGAGAGUUCUCCCUGGAGGGCAUUUGGACGCUGCACACGUUGCGCGGGACAAUUUGUUACGCACAAAGACGAACCAGACACUGAAUUUUUAUUUUUAUUUUUUUAAAGGACAAAACGUGUGUGGAGAUUGUGUAGGAAUUUCCACAUUGUGUUGUUUUUGCCGGGGCUGGACGUGGAGGGCUGGCACACAAAACGCGGCGUGACGCUCCGCCAGAGACAUCAUUAUGCAGAGUUUUGAUUAAGAUUUUCGGGGUUUUGCUCUCUUGGUUCAUAUCAGAGAUGGCAGAAAGAGAGAGAGGGAGAGACAGACAGAGGGAGAGAGAGAGAGAGUUCGGGAUUUCGCUGUAAUCAUGUUCGGAGAGUAUUGAUUUCGUGAGCGCACUCCAAUUGGCAGCAUCUCCACUACAGCGCCGGCGCGUCAUCCUCGGUUCACAUCGACGGAACGAGUUACUGGGGAAUUUAUCGAUUCGUCACAUGCGCACGCCUCUUCAUUAUAAUUGCAGACAGUUGGGUGCUGUUCAGGCUGAAUGGACUUGAAUGUGCCGCUGCCAGCUUAAUCCGUGCAGACUGGAAGAUUUAAUAAUUCACGGUAAUCACGCAUUAUCGCCUCAGUGGAUGCUCUCUACACAGCCCCGGUGAUUUUUUUUUUCCUCCUUCUCCUUAUUCCUUCCCUCUCUCUUUUCCCCAUUCUUCCUGUUGUCUUCUGGAGGAUUUAUCGACGACUACCUUGCAAAUAUGCUCCUUAUCUGAAAUAUCAUCUGUUGCUGCAACUGGAUUGAAAAGCAACCCCCAGCCCCCCCCCGCCCCCCCACAUGACUGGCUCCAACACGCGUUUGAGACCGACUGUCUUCAGGUGAUGUGGACUGAGCAUUUUUAAAAUCACCAUUUGAGAUUUUUUACUCCAGGUAAAAUGGACGGAAAAUUAUUAUUACUUUUAUUACUUCUCUUAUCUCUCCACGCAAGGCUGUGAUUUGUGCUCGUAUCCAUCAUGAUCUUUCUACUCCGUUGAAUUGCCACUUAUUGAUUCAGACUGUAAGCUUUAAUAGCAGUAUUACGAGGCGAAUUUCAACGUGAUUUCAUUGAGGACAGUGGGAUACGGGGUUCGUGGAGGUAUCUCCCUCCCUUGCUCUUCAUUUGAUUCAUACCAUUCUCAACUGAAGGGUAAAUGUUGAUGAUGGAGGACGACGAAUUAGACGCUCAUCAGGUUGAUUCGGAUUUCGAGCCGCAAAGCCGGCCUCGCUCUUGCACCUGGCCGCUGCCAUGCCCGGAGGAUUUCCCCGGUGGACACGAGGUCAGCGGAGGUCUUCCACUGGCCAACAUCAAGGUGGAACCAGAGGACGUCCCGGCUUCGGCUUGCAGAGCGGGACUCGUGGGCGGAACGCCGGGUGAGCUGAAGCAUCCAGCCGGCGCCCCGGCACCCACAGGCGCGACGCACCCAUGCCUGGCUGGCGCGGCGCUCGAUGUGACCGGACCGCUGCGCAAAGCCAAAUCCUCGCGGCGGAACGCGUGGGGGAACCAGUCCUACGCGGAUCUCAUUACCCGCGCCAUUGAGAGCACCCCAGAAAAGAGACUCACGCUGUCACAGAUAUACGACUGGAUGGUCCGUUAUGUGCCCUAUUUCAAGGAUAAGGGUGACAGUAAUAGCUCAGCUGGCUGGAAGAACUCCAUCCGACACAACCUAUCCCUCCACACACGUUUCAUCAGGGUGCAGAAUGAGGGAACAGGGAAGAGUUCUUGGUGGAUGCUGAACCCAGAUGGAGGCAAGAUGGGAAAGGCCCCCCGCCGACGAGCAGUCUCCAUGGACAACAGCACCAAAUACUUAAAAAGCAAAGGCCGCAUCAGAGGCAAGAGGGUCGGCCGUCCUGGGAUAGGAGCUGGGUCUGCUGUGGUGGGCCUCCAGAGCUCCCCCGACCAUGGUAGCCCACCACAGAAAGGACUCCCAGGAUCUGGAGGUCCAUCUGGGACAGAUGGAGAGUUUGAUGCUUGGACGGACCUCCAUUCCAGAGCUAGUUCGUCAGCCUCUACCCUGAGUGGGCGUCUGUCACCUAUCCUCGCAGAGGGAGAGCCAGAGGAACCAGAGGAGGGUGGUCUUUCCUGUUCCACUUCCCCCCAUCUUUAUCCCUCACCGACCAGUGCCCGCUCUCCAUCCAUGGGGGCAGGGAACCGCUGUCCUCCCUUGGAGCAGCUGCCUCAGCUGGCUAACCUGACAGGUGCCAUCAGUUUGGAUGAGCAUCUAAUGGAGGAUAGUUAUCAUCACCAUCACCCAACUCAGCAGCAACACCAGCAGCAUCAAGCUGUUGGCAGACAUAAGCACCAAACCCCUGUCUACCAUUACAGUUCUGGAGUGAAGGGGCAGAGCCCAUAUGGUGCAGGCGUUUAUGGUACAACAGGCAUGGGGAUGUUGUGUCACCACUCACCCAUGCAGACCAUUCAGGAGAACAAGCCAGCCAGUUUCUCUGGAACCAUGCGGGCAUACUCCAGCACCAAUGCCCUGCAAAGUCUGCUAACAGGUGGACAGCAAUACUGUUCCAAGGACAUGAUGCUGGGACAGGAGAGAGAAAGCCAUCCUAUGAUGGGUCAAGCUAGUAAUGGAGUAGGUUCCAACCAUCACAGCCACCACCCUGGCCACCACAAUGGUCACAGCCACAAUGGACCUCUUAGUCACAGCUCAGCUCAUAGCCAUAACAGAACUCACAGCCAUUCUCAUAGUCACAACAAUGUAACCAACCACAAUCACAACUCACUCACAACUCACAACCUCAGCCAGAGCCAUAAUAACACACCGCCCCGGGCUGCAGCCCUAACUCCACGAGGGAACAACAAUCAGCUGCACACCUACAACCACAAAGCUCCUUACCUGUACAGCCCUCCGUCACAUGCCCACCUUCCAGCCUCCACCACCCUUCCCCCAAACCCAGCAGGUAUGCUUGGCAUGCCCCAGGACUCCUGCCAUGUGGCCACUGCCCCACACCCACACCCCCGUCACAACCAUUAUCCUGACCCACAACACCAAGGCAUGACCAACGGACCAUAUCACCUUGGCCAGGCGAUGGGGAAUGGUAGUGUUGGUGGCAACUACCAUAGCUAUCAUCAACCUCACCUGCACGAGAGACUACCAGCUGACCUGGACAUUGAUAUGUUCCACGGUAGUUUGGACUGCGAUGUGGAGUCCAUUCUCCUCCAUGACAUUAUGGAUUCUGGGGAGGAGAUGGAUUUUAACUUUGACUGCUCCCUAGCCCAGGGGGUGGGCAUUGGCAUGGGUAUGGGGAUGGGUGUGACCAUGGGGAUGGGAAUGAGCGGUCUGGCUGGUCCACAGCAAGCCCAUAGCAACCAGAGCUGGGUGCCUGGCUGAAUGCCUAGGACAUCCUAACCUCUGAAAGAACUAGCACUGUGCUCAACUGUGACAUUCCUGACUUGACACAGAGACUAUAGGACCAACCCUCCCAUCUCUCUUUGUUGACUUGACAAUUCUUCUGUCACUCUAUCCUCUUUUGAUUUCCCUUCCCCUUGAGAGAUCUAGUUCAUGUCAUAUUAGGUUUUUCUUCAUAUCAGCUAUACUGUGAUGACAAUCUCUCAGCUGUGCUUGCCCAACAUCGCUUCUCAUCUACCAUGAGAAUUGAACUCUCAAUGCACUUUAUUGCAAGUGGGUCAGAUCUUGCAGUGCAUCGCAUUCACAGAGCAGCUCAGGCAGAGCUUGGCAUGUUCUGUAAGGUGGCUUCAGUACUUGAUGGCAACAAAUGAGGAAAUCACAAGCUCUGUUGAUAAAGUGUCAGAUCUUGGCAGUGAAUUAAAAUUAAUCUCCUUUUCUCAUAUGCUUUCAUUGUCAGUAGUGGGGACUGAAAUCCUUAGUUGCUUUGUGUUUAGAUCCUUGGUUUUACAAAUUCGGUGUUAUGUCUGAAAUACAUUUGAAAUAAUAAAAUACUAUUAAAGCAGGUCUGUUAUUUCAAGCUUCGUGCAUUUAGUCCUUGCUGCCUUGACUUUUCUCUUGGAUGUAACAUUUUGUCAAUGCCCUUUUGCUGAGAAUAUUGUCACUACAUCGCUAAAUGGAUUCUAUCAUUACUGGCUAGCGAGCAAUUUGGUGAAUUAAAAUUCUGUAUCACCUUGUCUCACCUGGACUUCUUGUGCCAGAUUCUCUCUCUCCUUCUCAAAGUCUCUCUCUCUCUCUCUCUCUCUCUCUCUCUCUCUCUCUGCCUGCCAGUGGAGACAAAGUGACCAUUCCUCACACCAAGCCAUUAAUGUGGCUUGAUUGAAAUUCAGCAUCUUGCUUUUAAUCUCCAAAGUGAUGCGGCAGCGAUGCGUCAUUAUUGAGAAUCUAACGCGUUGUCCUCCCAUCUCUCACCCUGGCCGCCCGGGCCGCUGCUCGCCUCUCCAACUUAAUGUGCCAAGAGAGCGAGACAAAAUUGUGAUUAACGCCAAGUCACUCUGCCUGCUGUCCUGCUCUGAGAAGGGCCAAUGUCACUGUCCGUUUGCCUGCUCACAGAGGGUACAAAAAGAAAAAGAUGGAGACAAGGAUAGAGUAAAAGUCUAUUGUUACAGUGGGAUCAAUCAUCAGCCUCAGUUUCCAUGCUCUUUGAAUGUGUGUCUGAAAACAGUUAGUGUAUUCGUAUUGUAAAUCAUCUCCAUUAUCUGCAUUUUGUGUUCCCCUGUUUCAGUGCUUAUACCCUGAGCUUCAAAUACUCAAAUGGGUGCAAAGGGAGAGAUUUAAGGAGAAAACAAUCAGCCAAUCUGUGGCAUGAGUCUAUGUCAAACAGGGUUGUAUUGCCCAACAGCCAUCUGCAUCCACUUUUUGUGUGUUUAUUCUGUUGUCUUGUAGUUGUUGUUGUAUUGUUGAAAUCCUAAGGACCAACGAGGACAGUGCUGAAAUAUCCACAUUGUAAGGAUGGAAUCCAAUGGUGAAAUGAUGUUGGUUGUGCAGUAUGACCUUCCUAUGCUCCUAUACCGUGCACCCCUCCCACAUGUGCUCUGCUCAACUGUCUCUGUGUUUGUGAGUGGGGGAAAGUCUGAAGCUUGUUUCUCACUGGCCUUGGGAGAGAAAAAAAGAGGACACCCCUAUUCUCUAGUUCCCUCAAGGAGACUCUGUGCUCAGUCUGUACCAAGUAUGGAACACAAAGAAGGGGGUAAGGGUGGGGUUGGGGUUAUUAUUACAGCCAAAGGUCAAGCACGGCACAGACUAUCAGACCCAUUAUUGAGGUAAAUACCUUUUAUUUCAGGACCUUUAGCCGCGCUGGUUCCAGUUAAUCUCCAUGUGGAAAAUAAGUGGAAUUUUCUAAGCAAAUGGGCCCCACAAAGCAGUUACGUUAUAACCUAUGCUACAGACAUUUAGCAAUGCCCUGCUAUUGGAGAGAGAGCUAUAUAUGAUGUCUAAUUUUUCCUAUAUUUAUUUAUGAAAGAGAUUGGUCUUUGUCACUCCUAAAUGUGGUAGUUGUUUGAGUCAACUCCUAUCCCCUUCCUCUUUUUUUCUCUGUUUUCUUUUUUUUUAAGAUGUCACUCUCCCUUAGCCCCUUUUACUGACUUUUAUUUUGUACAAAAUCUAUAUAUUAAGAAUAUUGUAUAAUAGUUUUUAAA